AUGGCCGAAACACGCCCGAAGACCCCCCGCGCCAAGUUCGUCUGCCACGCCUGCAACGUGCGAAAAAGGGCGUGCAACAAGGCUCUGCCAGCGUGCAGCUUCUGUGCAGCUCGCAAUCUGCAGUGUAUAUACGAUAUUACGGCUCUCGGUAAGAAGGGCCAACGGAAGUACAACCCCGGACGAAACUUUGUAGCCCUCCAACCUCCUUCGCCUCCUUGGUCUGCUUCUGCCUCAGCGCCAUGUAUUGCUUCUGCUAUCCCCGUACCUGAGGUUACUCUGCAAGGCUCCACAGAUAUCCACAGAUCUGUCAAUCAGCAAGUGCUGAGCAUUUUCAAGCUUACCGGCCGGACUCUGGAAGAUGUUAUCGAGUACUACUUUGAAACAUUCCAACAAGCAUGCCCGGUAAUUUCCCCGGAGCUCUUCAAGGAUGCGUUAUCGCAAAGCUCGCGAGCAAGCGAUGUGCCGCCAGUCGACUAUUCCAUUCUCCUGCUAGCAAUGUGCCUCAUCACAGCCCUACCCUGUCUAGACCGACCACUGCAGCUGUCAUCUGUGACUCGUGAUUGGCUCUAUGCAACGACGAAAUCGCUCUUCGCCCAAGCUCACGCUACGGUAUCCAACUCACUUCCUCUCAUCCAGGCGGCAUUUCUCAUCGCCGUCUGCGAAUAUUCUUGCGCCCGUCCACAAGCGGCCCACGUCACUAUAAACACCUGUCAUCUGUUGGCAGAAAUUCUUGGGGUUAAAAAAGCGACACUAAAAACGUCACAAAGCCCAGUAGAAUGCUUUGACACCCAGCAGACAGAGAUUGCAAGACGAAACCUUACUUCGGCGAUCGCAAUAUUCGAGAGGCUCAUCCUAAUCGAAUUAGACCUCAUCAAAUCACCUCCACGAACAGAGUGUCCCGGUAUGCGGUCUUGGCUUCCCCUGCAACUAGGAUUAAAGUAUUAUCCUGAAUCACAACCACCAAUAUCACCAGCAUCAUCGAAUGUCAGCCCAAAAGAUGACGAUGUUUUUGAAUGUCGGGCACAAGUCAUCUCUUUCCUUGAUCUAAUUUUACGUACCACACAGUCUGUCUCUGAAACAAACAAGGAAAGUGCAUUGUCGGAGCUUGCAAGCCUCGACGUCAAGCUUCGCACCUUUUUAGGCGACAUGAUGUUUGAAAGCAGCAAGAGGCAGAACACCUUCUGUGCCCCGGUGGCUCUUAGUAUCAGGUGCCUCUUUUUACUACAUCGAACUACUCUCGGCAUUCUUCCAACCGGCAACGACGAGAGGGACCACCAAGCAAGGACAAUAUCCCAAGCCGCUCUUGGCACUGCCUGUGAGAUGGUUUCGGACGUUAUGAAAUUCAGGAUUACAAAGAAAAUCAUGCCUAUCACCUGUUACUACAAUCUUCAAGCUACAAUAAAGUGGCUACAAGAGUGGAUGGAUUACACUGCAUAA